CAAUAGAAACUUGUAACAGGGUUUAUUAUUCUGUGAAUAGUUGCGCAGAAAAUACGUGUGGAAAUAUGCAGUUUUAGAUAGAUCUAUUCCACGCAACAUAGUAUUAUAUUUUUUCUUCCUAUGUAAUAUAAGUCUUUCGUGUAUCGACGGUUUCUUUGUACUAUCUAUAUUGAAAGACUUUAUCAAGAACUUUGUUCCAAGCAAGAGACGACAAAUUUUGCUGAUAAGCCACAAUUGUUCAGAUAUGGAAGAUAUGGCACAACAGUCACAUGUCCAAUGUGUCAGUACACCAGAUGCAGAACCAAAUGGUGGUAUUUUUCCUAGUUCAAUAGAGGAACAAGGCCAUGAUCCAACCCGUGUAAGGCUUAUGUUAUUUGAUUUAUCAUCACCGCAAUUUAAAUUUGGGUAUUAUUCUCUAGGAAUAAUGGCAGAUGAACAUAGAGAUGAGAUCCUUUCAGCCCUUAUCAAAUUACAAAAUUACAAACCCAUUGGUUUUGUAAAUGAACCUGAACCUGAUGGCUCUGAACCAAUGCAUUAUAUGUGGUCUGUGCAGAUGAAAAACAAGGUUGCCAUAGAAGUGUACUUACUAAAUGAUGUCAAUUUGAAUGCAAACCAGUGCGAGAUAAAGUUUAUUUUACAAGAGCGAGAGGUCAAAAGAGAAACCAUUGAGUCCAAACCCGCCUACAGUCGGCUUCAAACAGAUAUAUGUGCUGAAGUUCAAUUCACAAUUCAGGCAAGAUGUGAUACGAGCAAAGGUGCACGGUUUAGAGUUGUUGUUCGGAGUGACAUUGAGACGAAAAGCAAGGACUACAAUUGUCUUUUCAUGCGUGAGCCACCUAAAUAUCGCGUAGACCGUGUAGCGCAUCCCGUUGUUACGGGACGGCACUAAGAUUCAAAGUAUUCAGUGGUUGUUCGGGAGAGAUAUUUUAUACGGAGAUGUAUUUUUUUUCAUACGACGUGAACGAAAACAAUGGACCGGGCUGGGAGCGCAUAAUCAAUAUUUUUUUUAAACAGCUGUCCUAAAUUUUCUGGAAGGUUCCCCAACACCAAGCCCAUCAAUCCUUCGCAAGAUUAGAUAUCAAAUAAGAAGUCUAUCUAUCCCAGUCGCCUUAGGGCCGCCAGGCAGGCUGUAUUACAAGACCGAAAUGCAUUGUUGUUGUGGGAUUUCACGCAAGCUUUCAUAGGCACAGAUCUAGUAUAGUCACUACGACGACCAACAAUGCAUUUCGGUAUUGAAAUAUACUGUCUUGCUACUGAGUUUCUGAAAUGGUUACCAUGUUUGCGUUCUGUUUGCAAUGCAUCAGUUGUUCAAUUUUCCAGAAAAAUUUCAUCUCUUGUAUAAAAUCUCUUCUCGUACAGCGAUUAAUAUGAAUCUUGCAAAGGCAUGGCGACGCAGUUCGUCCAACGCCACACGUUGACACGGCUACAUCAAGGCCGGAACGUCUGAGUGAUCUUCAGCGAUACUUCGGUCUGAGGCUUGGGAUUCCUGUCUUUUUACGGCGACCCAGAAGAGGGAAAAUGAUAGCGAGAGGACCUGUUUUCCCUCCUCGUCCCCAGUCCCUGCGGAUAUGAGUCGCCUGACAGAUCCCGAAGAUGUCGAUCCCGAACUAAUAGAUACCUCGUGAAACAGGUCUCAUUUGUAGAAUUAAAACUCGCAGAAAACACACGCAAAUAAAUAAACUUGCACAAAAAUGGUAAAAGUUGUUUC